GCACGCCCACCUUCCUCAGUAAACGCAGCACUUGAGCGUGCGGAAAGCACAGAGCGCUGUGUGUGGUUGAGCGCGACGCACACAUAUGACAGGAUACAGACUCCCAGCCGGGCGAAUGAAGCAAAUAUAUGACUGUUUGUCGUGUUUUACCUCACGACCGGAUCGGUGUCAUGGUUUCAGUUGCGUUAUAGAGGUGAGCGGCGAUGUGUGGCUGCGUAGCGCUGAUUGACGGACCGGAGCGGCUGUGCUUGCGUUACCGCGCGACGAUCUUUGCAGUUCGUGCGUAAACUUUACCAAAACUUUGCAGCAUCGAUUUACAUCUAGACGACAGCAGCAGCACGAAGCAUGGCGACACAAAACGACUGCUGUGUCAAGGUCUCUUUAAGGAUCAGGCCACAGAUGGCAAAGGAAAAGAUCGAGGGAUGUCACAUCUGCACCUCUGUGACUCCUGGGGAACCCCAGUUGCUCUUGGGAAAAGACAAGGCCUUCACGUAUGACUUUGUGUUCGACUUGGACUCCCACCAACACGAGAUAUACAGGGCGUGUGUCCACAAACUCAUCGAGGGCUGCUUCGAAGGAUAUAACGCAACUGUCUUCGCUUAUGGACAAACUGGUUCAGGAAAGACGUACACCAUGGGCACCGGCUUUGACCUAAGUGUGUCAGAGGAAGAGCAGGGCAUCAUCCCUCGGGCGGUACGACAGCUUUUCGAGGGCAUCCAGAAACGCAGGAUGGAGGCACAGAGAGCGGAGAUGCCACCUCCAGAAUUCAAAGUCAGCGCUCAGUUCCUGGAGCUUUAUAAUGAGGAGAUCCUGGACCUGUUUGACAGCACACGCGAUCCAGAGACUCGAGGCAGGAAGUCCAACAUUAAGAUCCAUGAGGAUGGGAACGGAGGCAUCUACACCACGGGAGUGACCUCACGCCUAGUCGACACAGAAGAGGAGCUCCUACAAUGUUUGAAACUGGGAGCUCUGUCCCGCACCACAGCCAGCACACAGAUGAACGCCCAAAGCUCUCGUUCUCAUGCCAUCUUCACCAUUCAUCUCUGCCAGAUGAGAGUGUGCUCGCAACCGCACCUGGAGAACGACGAAAUGAACGGCGUAUCUGACGGUCCCAUCUCUCAGCCCGAGUACGAGACGCUCACCGCUAAGUUUCACUUCGUGGACCUGGCGGGCUCCGAGCGCCUGAAACGCACGGGAGCCACUGGAGAUCGAGCGAGAGAAGGCAUCUCCAUCAACUGUGGCCUGCUGGCCCUGGGUAAUGUGAUCAGUGCAUUGGGAGAUCAGAGCAAGAAGGCCGGUCAUGUGCCGUACAGAGACUCCAAACUGACGCGCUUGCUACAAGACUCACUGGGAGGAAACAGUCGGACUGUGAUGAUCGCCUGUGUGAGUCCCUCUGAUCGCGACUUCAUGGAGACCCUCAACACGCUGAAAUACGCUAACCGCGCUCGCAACAUCAAGAACAAGGUGAUCGUGAACCAGGACAAAACCAGUCAGCAGAUCAGCGCCUUGCGAGCGGAGAUCGCACGCCUGCAGAUGGAGCUCAUGGAGUACAAAGCGGGAAAGCGAGUGGCCUGUGAAGAUGGAUCUGAGGGAUUUAGCGAUUUGUUUCAGGAGAACUCUAUGCUCCAGAAGGAGAAUGAUACGCUGCGAAUGAGAGUCAAAGCCAUGCAAGAAACCAUCGAUCAUCUCAACACACGGGUCACUCAGCUCCUUACAAACGGAGUCAAUCUGCUGCUCACUAAAACAGGUGAAACAAACGAGGAGAUUGGCAAUCUAAUCCAGAACUACAUUCGAGAGAUUGAAGAGCUCAGGUCUAAGCUGUUGGAGAGCGAAGCCAUAAACGAGUCUCUAAGGCGGAGUUUGUCUCGUCUCUCUUCGCGCUCUUCGUUCACCCCCUCUCAUCCGGCUACUCCAGGACUCUCUCAUUGCUCCUCCCCCUCUGUUUCCAUGGAUGCAGAGAUGACAGAUGUGAUUCGUCAAGCCAAAUUAGACGUGGAGAGACUAAAGAAAAAGGAGAGAAACCAGAGGAGAAAGAGUCCUGAGAAAGAAAAGGGUUUGAAGAAGAGAGCCAAACUUCUUCCUCAGGAAAAUGGAGAAAAGAGCGAUAAUGACUUGAGCAGGGAAAACGUAGAAAGACGAGAAAAUGGAGACGGGGAUUCUGAUAAUGAACCUGAAGAGGAUGGCAUGUAUCCCCUCCAGGAAGACGAUCAGGCUGAGGACGGCUGUGAUGAGGAUGAAGAAGAGGAAACCAGGGAAGAGGAAGAGUUUGACAGUGACGAGAGCCUUGUGGACUCUGACUCUGAUUCAGAGGAGAAAGUGAACCUCCAGGCGGAUCUUGCUGAUCUGACAUGUGAGAUCGAGAUCAAGCAGAAACUCAUAGACGAGCUGGAGAACAGCCAGCGGCGGCUCCUCACGCUGAAGAACCAGUACGAGGAGAAACUCAUUCUUCUUCAAAACAAGAUCAGAGACACUCAGCUGGAGAGAGACCGCGUGCUGCACAAUCUCAUGUCCAUGGAGAACUACACCGAAGAAAAGGCCAGUAAGAUUAAAUCCGAGUACGAGAAGCGUCUGAAGGAGAUGAACAGAGAUCUUCUCAAGCUGCAGGCGGCUCAGAAAGAACACGCUCGUCUGCUGAAGAACCAGAGCCGAUAUGAGAGAGAGCUGAAGAAAUUGCAGUCUGAAGUGGCUGAGAUGAAGAAGGUCAAGGUGGCGCUGAUGAAGCAAAUGAAAGAAGAACAACAGAGGAGGAGGAUGAUCGAGGCCAAGAGGAACAGAGAAAUCGCACAACUAAAGAAAGAACAGAGAAGACAAGAGUAUCAGAUUCAUGCUUUGGAGUCUCAGAAGCGGCAGCAGGAGAUCGUGUUGCGAAGAAAAACGCAAGAAGUGACAGCGUUGAGGCGUUUGGCCAAGCCCAUGUCAGAGCGGGUAGCCGGACGUGUGGCCCGUAGACACAUCACUGUGGACUCUGGAGCAGAGCUGUCUGCCAGCACAACCACAACAUCCUCUGAACCCGAAUCUACUCGCUCUGUGUCCAGCAUCAUACGCCAGUGGAACACCAAACUCAAUGGAUACCUGGGAGAGAACGAGAACCAUGGGAGUGGAGGAAAAAUGGCCAGCAGCAGGAAACAGUUUCAGCGGAAGGGUACGAGCACUAGUUUCUCUAAAACAGCCCGUCAGAAGUGGCAAGCUCUGGAGAGGAGAAUCAUGGACAUUGUGAUGCAGAGAAUGACCAUCACCAAUGUAGAAGCUGAUAUGGAUCGACUUAUUAAGAAACGUGAGGAGCUGUCAAUGCAGCAGGAGGCGCUGUUGCGUAAGAGAGAGAAAUUACUGAGCGAGGGCUUCAGGGAACAAGAACUUCAUGAGAUGAACGAGGAGAUUGAAGUUCUCAAUGCCAACAUUGACUAUAUCAGUGACAGUCUGACAGACUGCCAGGCCACCAUCGUACAGAUCGAGGAGACAAAGGAUGAGCUGGAUUCAGUGGACACAUCAGUGGUCAUCAGUUCCUGUUCACUGGCUGAAGCUCGUUCCCUCCUGGACUAUUUUCUCAAAGCUUCCAUCGACAAGGGCUUGCAGGUUGCUCAGAAAGAGGCUCAGAUUCGACUGCUGGAGGGUCAGUUACACCAGACGGAUGUGAUUGGCUCCUCCCAAAAUCACGUGAUCCUGGAUGCUCUGAGGGAAAAGGCUGAAUGUAUCCCAGAAUUACAUGCCCUUAUUCACAAUGUCCAACAGGAGAAUGGCUAUGCAAGCACAGAUGAAGAGGCGUCUGAGAUCAGUCAGGUGUCGGAGAGCUGUUUCUCCCAGAUGAAGUUGUCUGCGAGUCAAGAUGACUUUAAAGUGAAGGUUGAGCCUCGACUCUCUGCACAAAUGAAGGCGGUGUCUGCCGAAUACCUGGGUCCCAUUAUGGACCUCACCACCAAGAACAUCACCAAGUCACUGGCCUCUUUAUCAGAGAUCCACGAGAACGGCCUGCUCCUCAAAGAGCCAUAUUCAAGAGAGCUGGUGUCUCGAACCAUCAGCCUCCCCAUCAGGGGACACACGUUUCCAAGACAGUCCAGAGCAUCAGACACAUCUCCACUAACAAGGAGGCAGUCAUAUGAUCGAGGCCAGCCAUACAGAAGUCCUGAUGUCGGAUACACACCUCCCUCUUCACCUCCUCUCCGAACACGCAACGACCGUAACGUCUUUUCCCGCCUGACCAGCAACCAGAGUCAGGGCUCCGCACUCGACAAGUCGGAUGACAGCGACUCCUCUCUCUCGGAGGUGCUCAGGGGUGUGAUCAAUCCCGCAGGUGGGCUGAAGGGGGGCCGGACGGCCCCUUUGCAGUGCGUAGCGAUGGCUGAGGGCCACACCAAACCCGUUCUCUGCCUGGAUGCCACCGAUGAACUGCUAUUCACCGGCUCUAAAGAUCGUACCUGCAAGAUCUGGAAUUUGGUGACUGGGCAGGAGAUCGUGACCCUGAGGGGACACCCAAACAACGUGGUGUCCGUCAAAUACUGCAGCAACUCCUGUCUGGUCUUCACGGUGUCCACCUCAUAUAUCAAAGUGUGGGACAUUCGCGACUCUGCCAAAUGUGUCCGGACAUUUACGUCAUCAGGUCAGGUGGUCUCAGGCGACGCCUGUGCUGGUACAACAACACGCACCAUUACUACAGCCCAGGGCGAGUGCCAGAUCAACCAGAUUGCCCUCAAUCCCUCGGGAUCCGUGCUGUAUGCUGCUGCGGGCAACACUGUCCGUACCUGGGAUCUCAACAGAAUGCAGGCUACAGGGAAGCUGACGGGACAUAUUGGGUCAGUCAUGUGUCUUACAGUGGGAUAUUCUGGUGGUUGCAAGGACCAAGUGAUCACUGGAUCUAAAGACCAUUACGUUAAGAUAUUUGAUGUUGCGGAGGGCGCCCAGGGCAACAUUGGACCAGCUCAUAACUUUGAGCCCCCUCAUUACGAUGGGAUCGAGUGCCUUGCCGUACACGGUGACAUCCUGUUCAGCGGUUCCCGUGACAACGGCAUUAAGAAAUGGGAUCUGGGUCAGCAGGAACUGAUUCAUCAAAUCCCUACCGCUCAUAAGGAUUGGGUGUGUGCUCUGGCAUUCGUUCCCGGGCGGCCCAUGCUCCUCAGUGCCUGCAGGGCGGGCAUGCUGAAGGUGUGGAACGUGGAUAACUUCACGCCCAUCGGAGAGAUCAAAGGCCACGACAGUCCCAUCAAUGCCAUCUGCACCAACUCCAAACAGAUCUUCACCGCCUCCAGUGACUGUCGGGUGAAGUUGUGGAGUUAUGUCCCUGGGCUCACGCCCUGUCUGCCCCGUCGGGUCUUGGCCAUCAAGGGUCGGGCCACCAGCCUCCCCUGAGUCCGCACUUAAUACCUCCUGCCUCUGGUUCCCUCUGUGACAAGAGAGUAAAGAUCUGGCAUUCGAAGAUGGGAAAAAGAAGGUGACAGUCCUGACUGUUAUUGGUGCCUGCCAUUUUUAGGCUGUCUGCUAAUUGAGCGGUCACAACCUUAUCGGGUCUGAAUCUGACCUCAGGCGCAGUCCAGGGGUCGACCGUCCUUUUUCAAAAGGGCAGUUUUGUUGACCUCUUAUGUCAAUAAGACACAGUGGUCUGUUCUGAUGACAACCCUUUCAACUGCCUGAUUCUGGAGCGUGACGCAUGAGGAAUAAUGACAAGGUGAAGCUUCAAAGAGCUUCUAGAUGUUUUUUGUUUUUUUUUUGGUCAAAACACAUUUGACCCUGAAGAUGUAGAAGAUAGUGUCCGACUGCACUUUUUUUUGACAAUUUCAGCCCGUCGGGGACACAGAAGACUCCCAAGAUGAAGGAAGGAAGACCACUUAAAGUCAAGUGGCACAAAACUUUUGUUAUUCCAAAUGAUUUUGGUCAUUUGGCAAGUAGCUUUUCCAGUGAUUAUCCAGAACAUUCCAUAUAAAGACCCUAGAUGCUUGACACUUAAAGUUGAGCAGAUACAUCAUUCCUAAUCUCAUUUCUAAAACAUGUUGUGCAAUAGUGCGAACUUCCACCCAUUUCAAUGUCCACAGAAGGUUUCUCCGGACAUUUCAAGUGACUAACGGCUACUCCACCGACAAAGCUGGUCACAACUUUCCUCCAACAGGCCCUCCGUCCUUUUCUGUGUUUUCCGUUGCUGUGAAUAUUAUGUUUAGUACCUCAGGUUUAAAUUAGGGAUGUAAUUUGGGAUUUUGGUCAUGACAGGAUCCCAGCUUUAUUAUCUUUUAGUUGUGUGAACAGAGGUCUCAGAAGUGUAAGCAGUAUUACAAAUCUGCCGAGUAGGCAUUUUGAGGGGUGUGUGUGUGUCUAAUAAGCCCAUCUCAUCUGGGGACCGUUGACACCGACACGAGCAAGAUGUUCUCCUUAAGUGUGCAGAAAUAGAUGCUGCCUCAGGACUAAGCAUUUGAUCUCAUGCCGUGAUGCCCGUCAGGGUUUCAUAUUGUUGGACACCUUUGUGGUAAAUUUUUUGAUGCUUUUCUUACAACAUAAUCUAAUUUGGUCAAUCAUUGUUUUUUAUAUUGGGAUCCACUCAUGAUGUGUGGUAAAGAAUUUGCACAACAACUAUUGAUUCAGGGGCAACUUGUUAUGGUCUGGUCCAUGUUAUUUCAUUAUUGAAGGGACUGCUCACUAAAAUAUCAUUUAUAUGUCCUUAAACUAUAUAUCCGUCUCUCAUUGCCCAAGCCAUUUCUUGUCUUGGUUAAAAACUAAGGUUGAGCAGAA